CUUUAGGAUUGCCUGGCCGAAGAAGAUAAUAUAAAUCUGAUAGCGUUGUUGCGUUGUCUCUACACGAUCAUUCUAGGUCAUUCCUCACAUUUCCUCGUCACUCUCUAGAAAUCUCAUUUCAAUAUGGCCGAGGCACAUGCUGCUCCUAAUGCUGAGUUAUUGGAAUGGCCUAAGAAGGACAAGCGUAGAUUCCUUCAUGUUGUGUACCGUGUUGGUGAUCUUGAUCGUACCAUCAAGUUUUAUACUGAAUGUUUUGGGAUGAAGUUGCUGAGGAAAAGAGACAUUCCUGAAGAGAAAUACUCCAAUGCCUUUCUUGGUUUUGGCUCAGAAGAGACUAAUUUUGUUGUGGAGUUGACAUACAAUUAUGGUGUGUCUUCAUAUGAUAUUGGAACUGGUUUUGGUCAUUUUGCGAUUGCAACUCCAGAUGUUUACAAAUUGGUUGAAGACAUCCGGGCCAAGGGUGGUGUUGUCACUAGAGAGCCUGGUCCUGUUAAAGGUGGACAAUCUGUUAUUGCCUUUGUGAAGGAUCCUGAUGGUUAUGUUUUUGAGCUUAUCCAAAGAGGUCCAACUCCUGAGCCACUCUGUCAAGUAAUGCUUCGUGUUGGCGAUUUGGAUCGCUCAAUCAAGUUUUAUGAACAGGCCUUAGGAAUGAGGGUAGUUAAGAAGGUUGAUAGACCCGAGUACAAGUACACCUUAGCCAUGCUGGGUUAUGCAGAGGAACAUGAGACAACUGUUCUUGAGUUGACAUACAAUUAUGGUGUGACUGAAUAUACCAAGGGGAAUGCAUAUGCACAGAUUGCUAUUGGCACUGAUGAUGUAUACAAAAGUGCUGAGGUUGUCAACCUGGUCACACAAGAGCUUGGAGGAAAGAUUACUCGACAACCAGGGCCAAUUCCCGGACUCAACACCAAGAUUACCUCUUUCCUGGAUCCCGAUGGCUGGAAAACUGUCCUCGUUGACAAUGAAGAUUUUUUGAAGGAACUGCAUAAAGAAUAAUCUCGUAAAUGGAUGAUUAAGCUGAUUAAGCGCUUAAAAUGUCUUAUUACUUUCCUUUGAAUAAGUUAGUGUGUAGCGUCGGUCAGGGCCGCUAAGCAUGCUUUUAAUAUGCACAGUAACUGUGUGUCUUAUGGUUGUAUGUGUGACUUGAGCCAUAUUUAAUUAAUGCAUCUACUGGUGUUUAUGUGGUAGGCAAUUUGACUA